GAGACCGUUAACUAACAGACUGAACACAGAUGUACCACGUGGUGGAAAGAGUUGAAUUGGACACCAUGUCUAGUUAUCGUCAAGGCGUUUUAGUAGGUUUUAGUGAUUCAGAACUGCCAAUUAGCCAGCUGUCGGAGCUGUGCAUUCAGGCAGGAUGUUGUGGAAAGGUCAACUUUACCAACAAAGUGUCUCGUGCCACACUGAAACAUGUGAUUUUAGAGGAGGAAGAUGAAGAGGAAGAAGCUGAUCUAGCUUCUCAGUCUCUGCUGAACAAACUGAUCAGGAAGAAGCUGGUGGAAACAUCCUAUCCUGUUGAGAUUUUGCAGCGGGACCCCCACUCACCGUUGUACUCUGUGAAGACAUUUGAAGAACUGCAUUUAAAGCCAAACCUUCUCAAGGGGAUUUAUUGCAUGGGUUUCAAUCGACCAUCCAGGAUUCAAGAGAGUGCCCUACCAAUGAUGCUUGCCGAUCCACCACAGAACUUAAUUGCCCAGAGUCAGUCAGGAACAGGGAAGACAGCAGCUUUCACCCUGGCUAUGUUGAGCAGAGUAAACCCUGAAGAGAAAUUUCCACAGUGUCUUUGCCUCUCUCCCACUUAUGAGCUGGCUUUGCAAACUGCACAUGUGGUGGAACAGAUGGGGAGUUUCUGCAGGAAUAUUAAAGUGGCUUAUGCUGUUAGAGGAAAUAGAGUUGAGAGAGGCACUGGCGUUAAUGCCCAGAUUGUGAUUGGAACACCAGGGACUGUACUAGACUGGUGCUUCAAGUGGAAGCUAAUUGAUGUGAGGAAGAUCCAGGUGUUUGUAUUGGAUGAGGCUGAUGUGAUGAUUGACACACAGGGAUUCUCUGAUCACAGUGUUCGCAUUCAGAGAACUUUACCUCGGGAGUGUCAGAUGCUGUUAUUUUCUGCAACAUUUGAAGAAAAUGUCUGGCAUUUUGCAGAGCGUAUUGUGCCAGAUCCCAACAUUAUAAAAUUAAGAAGGGAAGAACUGACAUUGGAGAACAUUAAACAGUACUAUGUAUGUUGUAACAAUAAAGAAGAGAAAUAUGAUGCCUUAUGUAACAUCUAUGGUGCCAUCACAAUUGGCCAAGCCAUGAUUUUUUGUCAGACACGAAAAACUGCUAAGUGGUUGGCUGCAAACAUGAUAGAAGAUGGUCAUCAAGUGUCAUUGCUUAGUGGUGAACUGUCAGUGGAGCAGCGUGCUUGUGUUAUUCAACGAUUUCGGGAUGCAAAAGAAAAGGUUUUGAUAGCAACUAAUGUUUGUGCUAGAGGUAUUGAUGUGGAGCAGGUUUCUAUUGUGGUGAAUUUUGAUCUGCCAGUAAACAAAGUGGGCAGUCCAGAUCAUGAGACAUAUCUGCACAGGAUUGGUAGGACUGGGCGGUUUGGGAAGCUGGGCAUUGCAGUCACCAUGGUUGGUGGCAAGCAUGACUUUGAACUUCUGAAAAGUAUAGAGAAGCACUUUGGAAAGAAGAUUAAACUAUUAAAUACUGAAGAUUUGGAUAUACUGGAGCGAAUUGGAAAUUAGAGAAACCACAUUAACUUUUACUACUGGUCCAUGUUCAAAAGAAACCGCUUCUGUUCUAAAAUGUAACUGCUGAAAAAGUUGCAGAGAAACAUAGCUUGUAAUCAGUUUGUUAACUUCUGGAUUUUUCUUGUCUAAACGUUAUUAGUGUUGCUGUUUUUCUGUAUGUUAAAUAAUUAUUGAAUUGUAUCUUGGAAACUGGGGUCUUGGGUCAAAAGGAAACCUGGUGAGAGAGACUUCACUUUAAGAAAGGGGUGUUACCAGUUAACUGAACCAAAAGUUGACCUGUAGCUUAAAUUCUUCAUGAUCAUACCCAAUUUGCCAUACUGAGUUAACUGUUUUAUGCUAACAUAUUCUAGCCUGCCUAAUCAUUUCCUUGCCGUUGAUGGUCUUUUUGACGAGUACUGCAGUACUACUGCAUCAUAAAGUGUGCUGCAGUUCAUAGAAUUAUGUAUGUUUAGAGGACAGUGCCUUUCCUCCAUCCCUGAACACAUGCUUACCUAGUCUCAAAAUCAGUACAUGACAUACCUUUUAUCCUUUUCAUAGUGCUUCUGUUGAGAAGGUAUCUGGAAUGUGAAGUUUGUAUGACAGAUCAAGCACUGUUAUUGUUACUGCUACUGGUUAAGAAAUUAUUAUUGCUUCCAAUUACAUGAUUAUUUUGGUAGUACUUUCUUAUGAGUGUGGUCUUGUAACAAAGUGAGAAAUCACACUUGUACCCCAAUCCCAGUAUGGAUGUCCACAACUUCUCAUAUAUUCUUUAAAAUGGCUGUUUCAUUUGAUACUUUUUGCGUAUAGCACUGUUAAAGAUUUGAUUUGGCACUUACCUAAAAACAUUUUAAAAAGUUUCUGAUAGACAUCAGUGAAAGGCAAUAAUUGUGUAAAAAAUGACAGCUAUUUAUUUGAUUUGUAAAAUUUACUUUUGGGAGAAGUAAAGAGAAUGUUUUUGGCUAUAUAUAUAUAUAUAUAUAUUAAACAUGUAUACAGCUUUGUGGAAAUAAAAUCUAUGAAAUGAAGUUUCAUUUU